AUGGCCGCCGCAGAGACGCGCAGGCUGCUUGAGCAGCUUAUGGGCGAACAGCUCAUGAGCGGAACCGACCAGCGCGCGCCCCAGCUAAACAUCAACGACACCAAGGUCUGUCGCUCCUACCUCGUAGGCAACUGCCCCCAUGACCUCUUCACCAACACCAAGAACGAACUGGGCCCUUGCUCCAAGGUGCACAACGAGGCGCUGCGGACCGAGUACCAGGAGGCAGACGCGGAACAGAAGCGCAAAUGGGGAUUCGAGUUUGACUACAUGCGCGACAUGCAGCAUCACAUUGACAGCUGUAAUCGCAAGAUUGACACUGCCCAGCGCCGCCUGGAGAAGACGCCUGAAGAGAUCAGGCAGACAAACGCUCUUCUCAAAGCGAUUAACGAACUGACCAAAUCGAUCGACGCCGGCAUGCUCGAGAUCCAAAUCAUGGGCGAGGAAGGCAUGGUCAACAUGGCCGUCCAAGAGUUCACCAAGGUCCGUUACAAGAAAGCCGAGAAGGAGGAGCGAGAGAGGGAGCUGCGCGCUCUGUCAGACACCGGAGGUCCAUCUGGACAUCAGAAGCUCCAAGUGUGCGACGUAUGUGGUGCGUAUCUCAGCCGUCUUGACAAUGAUCGGCGUCUAGCAGACCACUUCUACGGAAAGAUGCAUCUCGGCUAUGCUCAAAUGCGCAAGUCCUACGAAGCCCUGACCAAGGAGCUCAAGGACCGCCAGCCACCCCGCAAUUCCUACGCUCCCUCCGGCGGCGACAUGGACCGAGGCGGCGGUGGAGGUUGGGGAGGAGGUGGUGGUGGAUACGGUGGCGGUGGCUUCCGUGGUGGACGAGGAGGUCGUCGCGGAGGCAGAAGAGGCGCUUGGUAA